GAUUACACUUAAACUCAAAUAUGAAUCAUAGCAUAUGUAGUGUUAUUUGUAUUUGAGAUAAAGCGCAUAUAUCGCCAAUUACAGUCUCAAAUGGGGACUGCUAAUCGUGUGGUGUUUGAAUUCGAUAAAAUGUGCACGAUACGUGAGUUAAGUGAUGCCAAUUUUACUGAGCCCGUCAAGGAAGAAAACAAGUCCACAAAAUGUAUGGGAAGGGAUCAGCAAUUAGAAGUAACAGAUCAGAAUCCAAAUGAUCACGAUAGUGACUUGAGUGAUGCAGAUACUACUGAGAUCGACGAAGAAGAAUCGAGAACAUCAGAAAGUGAUAGGCAACUAGUAUUGAAAAAUCAAGAGUUGAAUUAUCUCGAUGGUGAUAUUGAUGAGGGUCUAUGUAAUGCCUUUGAAACUAAAAUGAAUACUUUGCCGCGAUACCGAAGUAACUUAAUGGACACGGCAGCUGGGAUAAUAAGAGACACCUUAAAUGAUACAUCCAGAUCAAGAAUUGCGGAUCUAAUAAGUGUUGAGGGAGGAGGCCCUGUCCAUAUAGGACAUAUUUUUAACAUAACUGAACAGGUGGUGCUCAAUAUAGAAAACAACGACCAGAAUUGCGAAAGACCGAUGAAAGUAUACCCUAAAGAUCCAUUUCCUCUGCUCAAACGGAUUUCUUGGCUAGCACAACCCAGUGUUGCCGAAAUCGAAUAUCUGAAGGAACCAGCAAAAUAUGUUAUUAUAUGCCACACUGCAACCGAGGAAGGAUUUUCUCAAGCAGAAAAUGUGUUGAUUCUCCGACUAAUGCAGACCUUUCACAUUGAAAGUAGAGGUUGGAGAGACAUCGCCUAUAACUUUUGCAUUGGCUCAGAUGGUAAUGCUUAUGAAGGACGAGGCUGGUACAAAGAGGGUCGACAUUCUGUUUCUUACAACAAAUUUUCGAUAGCGAUUGCUUUUGUGGGCUGUUUUUUGAAACAUCUGCCACCCAAAAAAUCAUUGAUCAGAUGUCAAAAGCUCAUUAAUCAUGGGAUCGAAAUUGGGGCUAUUUCCCCGGAUUUUCAGCUAGUCGCUCACUGUCAAUGCCGCCCUACGUUGAGUCCCGGUCCUCGACUCUUUGAACAAGUGAAAACUUGGAAGAACUUCAAUCCAAUUAUUAAAAAUAGCCAUUUAUGCGUGUUAGCUAGUAAAGACUGAAUUUUCUCAUUAGGUAAGCGGGCUUAUCAAUCAUAUAGGUAUAUAAAUGUAGAUGCAUUUGAUAAGUAGUAGCAUAGGUAUAUUGUUGUGUAAAAUACGACAAAACUAUAUUACGUAUUGAAAUCGUUAAUAAAUGUAAUGUUUCCGCAA